GUCUGGAGGCUAGUUCCUUAAUUCUGAUUGGGCAGAGACUUUGCAACCAGCCCGUGAUUGGCAGUUUUUCUGGAGGGGGAGCCAGUAUCUGAAGCGGGUGGGGAGAGAAGGCUGCUGGCGUCAGUCUGAGUCUGGACUCUGAGCAGCUGUGGGGAGGGUCUCCAGCUGAUAGAGGAAACUCACUACCCAUUAAACCCAAACACAGACACAUUCUAAUGCAGAUCAGUUGUGUGCAAACAAUACGGGUAUUGCAGCCCUGAGCACGGGCGAGAGGCGAGCAGGGCUUGUUCUGGAAAUUUGUCUCAACUUAAAUUGAUAUAUUGAUAUCCUAUAGCUAGCGUUUGAGGGAGUGUAAAGUACAAAGAGACUAGCAAGAGGAGAGCUUUGGUCAUAUGGAAUAAGGCUGCUCUGUGUGAGCAGAGUGCCCAUAGUGAAGUGUGCCCAAAUACACAUACCUUAUCUCCCGCCUUGGCUUUAUUGUGGUUCUAACUGACCAUGGAGGUGUUGGAAAAUGGGGAGCAGAACCUGUUGCACUGGGAUCGAAAGCUGAGCGAGCUGUCAGAACUGGUGGACUCCGAUUCCCUGCUAAACAAUACGCACUUCACGGAGUUCCUGGAUGAGUUUUCACAGGAUGUCCUAGGCCAGCUCUUGAAUGACCCCUUCAUGUCUGAGAAAAAUGAGAUGAUGGAAGUGGAACUGUCCCCAGCAUCCCCAGCUCCCCUCAUCCAGGCAGAACACAGCUAUUCCCUGUGCGGCGACUCUCGCCCCCAGUCCCCACUGACCCACGUUUCGACUGACGACAACUUCAAUGAAGCUGACCUGGAGAAUGAGGAAUGGUGUCUGGGUGCAGAAUUGACUUCAGCAACAAUAAAAACUGAACCUGUGUUGUGUGAGGCGCCAGGCCUUACCCCCUCUGUCAGUCUCACCAUCACACCUGUACCCCUGGAAGGUGAAGAACCCCAGCUGCAAUCUGAUGCCAUGAUGAAACCGUUGAGCCAGAAGGUUCUUCCAGAGAUUAAAUUGGAGCCACAUGAAGUAGAUCAGUUCCUGAACCUGUCUUCUAAGGAAGCAAUGGAUCCACUACACCUGCCUCCAACCCCUCCCAGCAGCCAUGGCAGUGACUCUGAGGGAGGGCAAAGCCCAACCAGAUCCCUCCCGCCUUCAAGCCCUGUCCAACUACAAGCCACAGCUAAAGUGACAUCACGCAUGGCUUCAGCACUCUCCAAUUCGCCUCUCCUGACAGCACCACACAAGCUGCAGGGGACUGGUCCAUUGAUCUUGACGGAGGAAGAGAAGAGGACGUUGAUAGCUGAGGGGUACCCUAUUCCUACGAAACUGCCCCUGACAAAGGCAGAGGAAAAAGCACUGAAGAAAAUCCGCAGGAAAAUAAAGAACAAGAUCUCUGCCCAGGAAAGUAGGAGAAAGAAGAAAGAAUACAUGGACAGCCUUGAAAAAAAGGUUGAGUCCUGUUCAAAUGAAAAUAGUGAGCUGCGUAAGAAAGUGGAAGUCCUGGAGAACACUAACAGAACUCUUCUGCAGCAGUUGCAGAGACUCCAGGCCAUGGUUGCUGGCAAAGUGUCCCGUUCCUGUAAAGCAGCCAGCACGCAGACAGGGACCUGUCUCAUGGUGGUGGUGCUGUGCUUCGCAGGCAUUUUUGGCAGCUUCUCUCAGAGUUACGGGCCCUAUCCUUCUGCCACAAAGAUGGUGCUGCCCAGCCAGCAUUCCACACCAGAGUCAUACACGGCCUCCAUUGUACGGUCAAGAAGUCUGCUAAUUUACGAAGAGCCCCGCCAACUGGAGGAGCAGUACAGUUCAAUCUCCUUCGCAGAUCGCAGUGAUGUCUGGGAUAGGCGUGUGGAUGCCUCCAAACACACAGCACUAUCUCUGGAAUCUGUGCCGGGGGUGCAGCAGGACAAAGUCACACACUUCACAAUAGCCAAUGAGACAAGGCUAGAGAAAUCAGUGGUGCUGGGACUGCAGCCGCACAGGGUCAGCUCAGAGCUGGAAGUGAAUGAAACGCUGAAAAUAAUUGAAAUUGAUAGACGAGUCAAUGCCACUUCUUAAAGAAGAGGCCUUCCCCCCCCCCUCAUUAUCCUCCCCUCUUUCCAACCCAAGGCCCACUCCUUCCUCCGGACUCAUCACCAUCAGGGAACCAAAGGGCAAAAGAGAGAGAGUCUGCAAACUUCUGAUUUGGCUGAAGAGUCUGUGACUUGAGUCAGCAGCAGUUGUCCUCGUUCUGUCUCUUCCUCCGGGCACACAAACCUGCUUCUGCUUUUACUGCUGUCCCUGACUGGUAAUAAGGGAGGGUUUGAAUCCUAAAGGCAGCUGGUGCCAACGGUGUACAGCUGGUUGGUUUGUGUAUGUACCCUAGUCAAAGGGCAGAGCCAUCAAAUGGAGGAGUGGGAUCAACGUAACUCACGGGGGAACAUUUGUGGUAGGUCACGUGGGAGAAGGAAACUGAAAGAUGCAGUGUGACACUGCUCAGGAUUUGGCCACAGCUCCAUGCCCAUCACUCUGGCACACUGGAGCUUUAUGGGGAGAGAAAUGUGUUCACAGUUCCCAUCCCUCCCACUGAGGGCAGAGAACAGACACUAGUUCUAUUGAGCCAACAGCACAGACAGGAGAGUCUGUUCAAUGGCAGUAUUGAUUUUUUUUUUUCUUCUCCCUGCUCUCUCUCUCUCUUCCCUUUUCCUGCCCCUUUAUCACGUGGUGGGUGAAGUUUCCUUACUGUUGCCACCCUUAUGAAGGAUCCAGGCAAAGUUCAAUCAGCCCGUGUCUCUUCUCAGGCCUUGUCUACAAUUGCGCCAAUUUAACUAAAUCAGUUUAGAAACUGAUUGAGUUUAAUCUGUGUGACUCCCUUGUGUGGAAAUCUUUAAAUAAGAUUAUGACUAGUAUAUUGUAUCCAUUUAGCUUAAGUUGAUUCCUUACUGGCAUAAACGAAAUCAAUAUAACGCUCUCUUAAACCAAAAUAAGAGCGUCCACCUUAGGGGAUUGCAUGGAUUUAAUUAAAUUAGUUUCUAAAUCCAUUUAGAUACAUCGGUACAGUUUUUUGAGGUAGACAAGGCCUCAGAUUGCUCUAGGUUCUUCUUCUUUUCCCCCAGCCUCCUGUUACUGUUGUAAAUAGUAUUUAUUAGCUUUCCAAAAUUUCCCUCUGGUAGCCAGACUGGAGAGCCAAGCUCCCAAGACCAUGAAGGUGUUCUUGGUGAACUUUGAAAUCAAGAUGGAAGAAAUAUGCUUUUUUAAAAUUAAACUUAGUUCCCUAUAGUGAUUGUUAGAAUGUAAUGAGGCUCCCCUUCCUCCUACCUUUUAGUAAAAGUACAUGGAAUUAAAGCAACCGCGUAGGAAAAUAUUUGUUAUAUAUUCCCAAUUAGAUGCAGUUCAGGUCAGUGCUGAUGGUCUCCCUCUCUAGUUAUUUAUUAUUAAAAAACUACCUAGAAGACCAAACCAAGGUCAGAGCCCCAUUGUGCAAGGCACUGUACACACACAUGAUGAGAGACUGUCCCUGUCCUGAAGCCGCUAUCCUGGAUAGACAAGACAGAAAAAAGAUGGGAGUGGGGAAUAGAUACACGGAGAGGGGAAAUGCCUUGCCCAAGGUCUCUCAGUUGGUCAUUGAUAGAGCCAGGAAUAGAAUCCAAGUCUCCCGCUUCUCAGUGCAGUAACCUAUCCACUAGACUAGACUACUGCUUCUAAAGCACCAUGCUGAUGCAUCUAAUGCACACUGCCUCUAGUGCAGUGAUUCUCCAUCUCUCAAUACCCAGAUUGUGCCAAUGGCAGGGCUGCCCUUUCUACUCACAACUGUCCUUCCCGUGGUCCAGUCAACCCACCAGUGAUUGCUUCUGGAUUUUAUUUGGUUAUUACAAAGGGCUGCUCAGAGUUCCCAGUGAUGGCUUUAGCCUAAAAACCUAAAUAGGACAGAAUAGUACGGCUACUUUUGCAAUUUACCAGGAAAACUCGAUUUUUGUAAAAAACAUUUUGAUUUAAAAAAAAAAAACCCUCUCCUUUUUCACAUAAAUAAGGAGACCAAACUAGUGUAGCCUUGUGUUUUAUACCAUGUACAGUAACUCUUUCCUCCAGGUAUUCUAUUUUAUAAAAUAUUUUUAAAGAAAAAUGGUAUUGUUUUUGUAUUUUAGUGUAGCCUCUGCAGUGCUUCAUCCUUCCCUGUUUGGAUUUUUCCUUUUUUAGUCUCCCUUCCUUUGUUCACUAUCCCAUCUGUUCACUAGGGGCCUGAUCCAAAACCCAGUGAAGUUAAUGGAAAGAAUCCAUUUGGCUUAAGUAGGCUUUGGAUCAGUCCCCACUGUACCAUGAUCAGAAACAACAUUCAGAUUGGCAAGAGUGGGACAUGUGCCCCUAUUCCACGAGCAGAUAAUGGAAUUUGGUGUGUACACCUCUUGUGUGCAUCACUUUCUAUGUCAGGGGUAGGCAACCUAUGAUACACGUGCCGAAGGUGGCACGCGAGCUGAUUUUCAUUGGCACCUACACUGCCCAGGUCCUGGCCACCGGUCCGGGGGAAA